UCUGACUUAUGUCAGAAUUGUCAGAUUAUUUAAAAAAUAAACUUUUAAAAACUGUGACAAUCUUAGCUUUUAUGUUACCGAAUCUUAUUUUUUUUUUUAAUUUGAUUUAAAUGUUUGUUAAAGCUUGUAGCUUGUAGAUUGUUUUUAAGUUUUAUUUAUUGUUAUAAUUAAAAUAUGAGUUCUGUAGAUAUAGUUGAGAUAUCGGAAAACGAAGAUAGUGACUGUGUCUUAGACUCUUUAAUGUACGAAAACAAUAUAGAGGUAAUGUAUAAAAAAACAUGUGAAAAUAACCCUCUACUGACUGAACUUAUUGAAACAUGUUUUAACUUAGAUAAUUCGCCGGAAAUGAAAAAGGUUAUAAAUACUAUAUUUUUAAAUAGAUACAUGAAAACGGAUAAAAAAAUUACAGAAUCGCAAGAAUUCGCAAAAGCUCUAAGGAGAGCUAUUAAUCUCGUUAAACAUGAUUCUGGUCAUAAAUUUUCUCACAUCAGAGAUCUAUGUGAAAUCCUGAAAACCGGGAAUACAAAGAAAAGGGUACAAAUUAUCACAUUAUCAAAUAACACCAAAGGUAAUGAAAUAUGUAAAAGAAAAUCUGAAACAGAAAGAAACAGCAAAAUAUCAAAUACAGAAGUUCUUAUAUAUUUAGAUUCAACCGAAAAUGAUUUAAUUAUUGAUAUCGACAGUAACGAUUGUAAUGUUAAGUCAAAUUAUACAUCUGCUGGUGAGAAAGAAAAUGAUACAUGCAACAACAAUAGAAGUAUUGAUGAAGAUAAACUUCUUGUACCUCAUAGAAUAUUGGAAGUUCAAGAGCUAUCUCCAACAGAUGAUAAUAAUAUUGAGAGAAUAGAACAAGAGAUCGAAAUGUGUAAAAAAAUGAUAGCACAGUUGGAGGAACAGGAGGUUUGUGAUGAUAAUAUGAAUUCACCAUAUAUUCAAAGUGAAAACUACAAAGUUCGUAUAGUAACAUUAUACAAGGAACUGUGCAAACUAACUGGUGCAGAAGCCGUUAAACGAUCAACAGUACACCUGAAAGUAAUAGAAGGGCGUCCGUCCGGUCCUGUGAGGAGAUUGGAAGCUUUUCUAAAUAAAAAUGUAGACAGUGAUGGUCAUCCUCAAUUCCCGAGCUUUCGUGACGUCAUCAAAUGUGUUCUAAAGGCAAAUGAAGAAGAUGAUCUGGGUUGGAGUAAACAUAAAAUUGUCGAUGAAGCGAGGGCCCUGUUCGCGCACUGUGGACGCGCACUGCAGAGGCGGAGGCAACGGCGCGAGUGGCGCCAUCUCAUCAGCACGGUGAAGGUGGAGCGCGACCCCGCGGACAGCGACCCCGCGCUGCUGGCGCGCCUGGAGCAGAACAGGCGGGACGCCGCGAGGAAGGAGGCGGAGAUACUUGAGAGGUUUACAAUGAUGCAGAAUGCGCCGUCACAAAAAGCGGCCGUAUGUAAUCAAGAAGCAAAUGCUAAUGAAAGUUCUAACGAAUCCGAAAUUGAUAGCUCAUCUGAUGAGGGUAGUACUAAAGAUGAAACAAAUGUUAACUUACCAUCACAAAUAGCUACGUCUAAAUCUAGCAAUAAUAACAAUACGGGUAUCGAUGCUAGUGAAGUUAACUCUGAAGUUACUGGAGUUAAAAUAAAAAAAGAACUCGAAUCAGAUAUAUGUCAACUACUGGACGAGCUCGGUGAUAACUAUACAACGAGUGUUAUAGAUAUUGAGGAUUCACACAUAGUUAUUGAAAUAUCAGACAGUUCUGAUGAGGAGUCCGUUUGAUAAAUGAAUAUUUCAACCUGUAAUAUUCAGUCAUCACUAAUAAAUUAUUACUAGUUUU